AAGAUCCAAAAGAUAAAAGUAGACCUCAAGCGACCAAUGCUCCCACAAGUUCUUGUCAGUCAACCAGCCAAAAAACGUUGCUGUCCUUCUGUCACUUGAAAACCAAUAGAGAUUCAAGUCAACCAACUAACCAAGGAAUUAAUAACAAUUUCAAGGAAGUGACAGCGGUGACUAAACCCAGCAGAGAUUCAUCCGAAUCAAGUGACCAAGGAUUCCAAGGAAUUAACUCAAGUUCUGAGGAUGUGACGAAAACCAACAGAUCAAUUCGAUCAAGUAGCCAAGGAAAUAUCGACGACGUAAUGAAAGCCAUAUCUAACUUGUCUAUAAAGGUUGAAAAUUUUGGUAAACGACACUCUAGCUUGGAACAACUCGUGGCAGAAGAUAACGAAGUCCUGAAAUCUCUAGCGGCAAUGCGAACGGCGAGUAAUAUUCAUCAGUUGGCCGAGGCAUCCAAAUACCUGGAGUUUUUUUAUAAUGAGGAAUCGAACACUGGAAUAUUGCGUUGCAACCCUUGCUUUAAGAUGCAGGUUACAGCCAGGCCUACCCUUAACAACCUAUCCCCGUUUCAAGCCCAAAGAAUUAUUAAUUCUUGUGGAAGUGGAACACUCGGCACCGGAAAAAUCUUCAGCAAGGAUGUCACUCAACUUCUGGUAGAGGGGCAUAACAAUAGCUGGUAUAGGCAGAAGAAGUUGUGUAUUGACCACAUGUGUUUGCUGGGUGAUGGUAACAAAUUACACAAGAAGGCUAUGGAAGCUUCCAGGAAAGAAGAGGAAAGGGAUAAAAGAAGAUCAACCGUGGCAAGCAACAUAUUUCGAGCGGUCAUUGUUGAUUUGAACCUAGGCGCAGCAGCCACACAUUUCGAGACUAUGAUCUCCUUCUUGUCAUGUUGCUCAGUCGAUGUCGGAAAUAUUGGAUAUGGUCGAAAUAAUUUCAACGAUAUUCUUUCCUGCUUGGAGAAAUCAGUUAACCGAAGAAUCGAUGCGUGGCUAAACGAGCCUCUACCUUCAACGUUAUUGCCACCACAUUUCUGGGCCACAAUCGAUAAAGCAACACCAUCACGUACGACAAAUCAAGCUGUCCUUGUUGUAGCUCGGAACGAAGCUGGCAUUCCCUGUCCAAUUCCUGUUGCUGCUCCGCAAGUCUAUAAAGAGUUCGCGCCAGCUACGUAUGACGCUAUGGCAGAACUUUUGGUAAAAUCAAUUAAGGAUAACUUUUCAAAAGAUGUUCUCUCAAGGCUUUGUGGCGUAGCGGCCGAUGGUCCGUACCAAGCAGCAGGAUUGCGCAGAAGACUUUUACAAGAACUGGGAAUCGAAGACUCCGACAAUGGUCAACUUUCAUUUCCUGUGACGUGGGAUGCAGCUCAUCUACUAAAUCUUGGAGUGGUCGAGGUAAAGGACCAAAGUCCAAGUAGUGAUCACUUUAAAACAUUCUUGAGGAGAUGUAAUGUUUUUAACACCGUUAUUGCGAAUGGAAAGGGCUUUGCUUUUCUGCAACUCAUUGACAAGGACGCAAGAAGACCAGUUGCUUAUGCUACCCAAAGAUUUGCCAGUUCAUCGUACGACCAGUGGCUUAAAAUUGAAAAGAGCUACAGCGCUUUGUGGAAAGCGUUCGAUAUAUUGUAUCCAAAUCGACCAGAAGAUGAUCAGUACCAGUACAUGAUUGCUGGGUCAGAUUUUAUUGCUGACUUGCUGUCAUUCCUCGACAUAUUGGAGCCAAUUGUUGAUUUGAUGUUAAGAGUCCAGUCGCUUGACGUGCCCAUUUGGAAGCUUAAACUUUGGUGGCCCAAAGUUAAAGCUAAACUAGAAAAGGCUGCAAACGGCGAUGGAAUCUCCUUUCCGCGACUGCAACAAUUUGGAGAAGAGAUCGUCCCUGGUGAUCAUUACCAAGGUGUUGAACUUAUUGAUGGGUGGUUGGUGACUAAUCAAG